AUGUUUACUCCAUCGAUAUUAAGUAGGCUUGUUAGAUGGAGUGUUCGGGCAUUUGCUUCAUGUUUCUUGGCUUGCACAUUCGCCAAAGAGAAACAGGCAGAGAUGAAUCCGUCUCCGUCGGCGAAACAUUCGACAGGACACGUUGUUUCCGAAACGAAAAACAAUACGGGAGAUGAGAAGAUUAGUGACAAAAAUAGACGACAGCGGGACCACAGUCGGACAAUGUCGAAAAGCAUUGUUUCAGUGGACAAGGAAAGCGAAAACUCGAGCUGGGUAUGUCUCCCUGAUGAAGAAUACGUAGUUUUUUGUAUUAAAGAAGACGGAGCUUAUGAUGUUACGAUAGAAUCAAACAAAUCAGAAGAAUCAAAUCAAUCCGAAAGAAGUUUAUGGUUGGUUAAUAGAAAGAUUGAUUCUACCGAGGACGCCGAAAGAGAUGAACUGAGCAGUGAUGAAGGAAGAUCAAAUGAAGACGCGAGUGAAGGAGAGGCCAAUGCUACUAAAGAACAGGGUAAUGGAGAAAGGGCCAUGACUUGCUGUGAAGUAGUGUUCGCUUCAAGUAGCUUGAAAAGAUUAGAAGAAUCAAGAGACUCUUAUCAAUUUGAUGGUAGCACGGGACUAGCUUCAGGUAGCUUAAGGAGAUUAGCAGAAUCAAGGGACUCAUAUGAAUCUGAUGGUAGCACUGGAUCCUUUACCUUUCCUGUAUUAGAGUUGGAUUGGAUUGGAAGUCCAAUGAGAAUGCCAAUGCCGGAAGGCAUUACCCCAAGCAAGAACAAGGCCCAUUGUGUGCCAAUGCCAAGGAAGAAAGGCAUUGGCACAAGGAAGAACAAGAACCAUUUUGUGUAUUUUCAAUGUUUUAGAUUUUGAUUGUCGGUUUCCACUAGUAAUCUAUGACUAUUCUUUUACAAAUAAUAAAAAAUUAUAUAACAAAUAUAUUUAUAAAAAAAAUUGAAAAAAUUAUGUUGUCCUAGUAUCAAAUCUGUUUAUUUUAAUGAAAAGACAACUUUUAUACUAACAACUUCAUA